AUGGCAAACGACAACCACGUCCGACUCCUGACCCUCGAAGCCGACGCCAUCUUCGGCCUCGAGCCCACACCCACCUCCUCCUCGCACGUCCUCCGCGACCCCGCCCUGCACGCGCUGCUCAUCUGCUCCGUCCGCCACGCCGGCGGCGUCGUCACUGCGCUGAGCCCAUCCCUCGCCUCCCGCUGCGCCGCCUCCCCGGAGACCGUCGUCGCGCGCGCCGCCGCGGCGCUCGCCGAUCUCCCGCGGCUCUUCCGGCUGCGCGCCGACGGCGCCGCGCCGCCCGCGGUGCUGGUGCACCUGCAGGACGCGCUGGGCCUGCCGAGCCACGCAAUCGCCGGCGGGCCGACGUGGAUCGUGCCGGACGCUAUGCGCCGCGCUUUUUCGUGGGCGGGGGGUGAGGGCUUGCCGGCGGGCGUGCGCGUCGUCACCUCGGCGCGGGAGGGGGACAGGGCGCUGGUGGCGGGCUUGUCGCGGCCGAGCACCUGGGAGGAGGCAGGGUGGGCGGAGGCGAUGACGGCGCCGGGUGCGCCGACGUGGGCCGUGGCUGUCUACGAGGAGGGGGGGGCCGUGGGAGAGAUCGUGUGCGUGUGCCACACGCCGGCGCGCAACGACGAGGUGGCCGAGGCCGGCAUCUGGACGCGCGAGGACUGGAGGGGCCGGGGGCUGGCGGCGCGCACCGUGGCGGCGUGGGCGACGGCGCACCCGCCGCAGACGAGGACACUCUUCUACAGCACGGCGAGGGAGAAUGCCGCGUCGCAGGCCGUUGCGCGGACGCUGGGGCUGGAGGAGUUUGGGUACAUCUGGAAGCUGUUGGUUAUAUAG